AUGGAUAGAAGGUCUGCUAGAAUAAAAGCAGAGUUAGAAAGAUAUGGUUGGAAAGUUUCAAAGAAGUUUAAAUAUAGGAAGGGAAGACCCAUAAAAGUCUAUGACAAACUGGCUGGUCUGACCUACGAAAUGGACCUUGAAACAGCACGCGCCAAUUAUCCAAACAGACUAGAGAGGUUAGAGGAAGAGCGUCUUAUGAACAUGCCUUUCGAUGUUAGUGAGCCUCAGGUUGAAGGACAAGACGGCUUUGCCAGAUUCUACUGGAAACAUGACGAACAAUUGUAUCCCUUGAGGAGGAAAAAAGGUAGUGCAGAGGAUGGUCAUGCUCCCAUGGAAAGAACAAGAUAUGCAUAUGAAAAGUAUCGCGAAGUUAGAAGUCAAAUUACAUCUGGUCGAACCUUUACAGUAAACUUUGACGAAGGAAAGAACAAAGAAGGCUUCAUGGGAGUACUUGCUGCCAUUCAAGACGGAAAUAAGAAAGGAUACAAUCUCAGAUUGACCAUAACAGAUUUAGAUGGUCAUAUAUACUAUGCGCAUGGCAAUGUCACAACAGCUGCAAUGCUUCUUGACGCUUUCAAGACUACAAAGAGAGAACAAAUGGUUGACUCCGACUCAGACAUUUUGAAUGCAAUUGAAGGAAUUGUAAGCGUGAAGUUCGAAUGGUACCAACCUAACCCUCAAGCAGUCAGACAACAUGCUGGAUACUUCCCCUUCAUAAAUAAGUCUGACAUUGACUUGACAAGGUAUGGAAUUUACAAUUCAAUUGAAAAAAUUGUCAAUGAACCUUGUAUUCUUACAUGUCUCAGGAACUCUGGUCUUGUUACAGAUGAGAAGAUGAAGUAUCUUGAGUCAUGUGUGAAAACAAGGUACAUGCUCAGAGGUCAAUUGUCAAAAAUUGCACCGUUGGCAAAUGUGAAUAUCCGAGUCAACAUUCCGACUGAGAAAGGUUCUUCACAUGACGACUAUGUUGUUGACAAAGACUUACCAUGGUUGAAGAUUGUAAUUGUCCACAACCACUUCAUGUUGAACGAAAGUCUUACAAACCCAUUGUUCGGAAAAG